AUGGCAACGAUAUACAUGGAUCCGUCGAUCCAGCGACUGUUGAACGAUAAGCUUUACGAUAAGAGGAAACAGGGUGCUUUAGAGCUUGAGAAAGCUAUCAGAGAAGCCACUGCGAGGGGCGACCAUGCGAAAAUUAAGGGCAUAAUUGACCAGCUUUGCCAUGAGUACGCCUACGCUGUGCACCAACCCCAUGCUAGGAAUGGAGGCUUGAUAGGUCUGGCUGCCGCGGCUAUAGCUCUGGGAUCUGACGAAGUUGCGCCGUUCCUAAGUGAUAUUGUUCCUCCAGUGUUGGCUUGCUUUACCGGUCAAGACGCACGGGUUAGAUAUUAUGCCUGUGAAAGCAUGUAUAAUAUCGCAAAGGUGGCCAAGGGGGAAAUACUGCUCUACUUUAAUGAUAUUUUUGAUGCUCUGUGCAAGCUGGCAUCCGAUUCAGAGCUGUCGGUAAAGAACGGCGCAGAACUCCUUGAUCGUUUAAUAAAGGAUAUUGUCUCCGAAUCUGCGGCUUCCUACGUUUCUGCGUUAGAGGUCUCUCGUCCAGAAAUAUCAGAUGGAGAGGAAGGAAAAGAUGUGGAUGAGCUCGAAGAUAUACCGACGGCGUUCUCACUCGCAAAAUUUAUUCCUCUACUUCAGGAUCGAAUUUACGUUCAGAAUCCAUUUGCUCGCAAUUUCCUAGUCUCGUGGCUUACCUUGUUGGAUACAAUACCAGACCUCGAGCUAGUCACCUACCUACCCGCCUUUCUAGGAGGCCUGUUCAAAUUUCUAAGUGAUACAAAUCGCGACGUGCAUACAGCAACCCAGGGGCUUUUAGAAAGGUUCCUCAAUGAGAUAAAGCGGAUUGCGAGAGUUAAGAAGGGCAUUGCAGAAAGUCGACGUGACCAUGAGAGUGGGCAGUCCAAAGUCUCGGCGAGCGAUAGUAAGAGUAUUGACUCUGACUUGAGCGGCGCGAAUCCUGUGAGCGACAACGCUAUUGCGGACUCAGAGUCUACGACCGCAAAUGAGGAGCAGCUUAGCAAUCCUUAUGGUGAUUGGGUUCCUGGUCAAGAUGUCCAUGUUGACCACUCGAAGAUACUGGAGAUUUUGGUCAAUUUUGUGGAUACUAACUCUGAGGACGAAAUCCAGUUAACUGCCCUCCGCUGGAUUGAUAGCUUUUUCGAAAUAAGCCCUGCAGAUAUAUUGCAGUUUGUCCCACGACUUCUAUCGCAGGUUCUUCCAACUCUAUCUAGCGGUUCGGAUGAAGUGCGCCAGACAGCCAAUCGCGCAAACACAUCGCUCAUGCAGUAUAUCGUCUCUCUAUCGGACGAUGCUCCACAAACUGAGGCAUCCCGAGUAUCUCCUGUCCAGGCAGCCGCCCACGUCAAUUACAAAGAAGCUGACGACCGCAGAACACCUACUCCUAUCACAAGACAGGCGUCUGCGGCGUCUAGCGAUGCUCGCAAACAACCAUCGCGGCCCGAGUCUAGGACUGAACCAACCCCGGCACUAGUAUCAUCCCAAACGUCAGAACAAACAUCGGAUUUGGACUAUGCUGCCGCAGUUAACGCUUUGACGCUCCAAUUCCUUAACGAGAAUGAAGCCACCAGAGUUGCCGCAUUAGCGUGGCUCAUUAUGCUCCAUCGUAAAGCACCGCGUAAGGUCCUUGCUUUCCAUGAUGGAACAUUUCCGGCGCUCCUUAAGACUCUCUCAGACCCAGCAGAAGCUGUCGUCACUCGAGACCUACAACUUCUGUCCCAGAUAUCCCGAAAUAGUGAAGAUAGCUAUUUCGCAUCGUUUAUGGUUGACCUACUCCAACUCUUUUCGACAGACAGGAAGCUCCUUGAAGGCCGUGGCAAUCUUAUCAUUCGGCAGCUUUGCAUGAAUCUCAGCCCGGAACGAAUAUAUCGAACAUUGGCGGAUUGUCUUGAAAAGGAAGAGGAUAUCGAAUUUGCCAGUAUCAUGGUACAAAAUCUUAACAACAAUCUCAUCACUGCCCCCGAACUUGCCGACCUCCGAAAGAGAUUGAGAAACCUAGAAUCUAAGGAUGGCCAACUGUUCUUCGUUGCCCUGUUUAGAUCGUGGUGCCACAACUCCGUAGCGACAUUUUCUCUGUGUCUACUAGCUCAAGCCUAUGAACAGGCAUACCAUCUCCUUCAAAUAUUACAAGCGGCGGCCGGAUCGUCGAACUCAGGGCCAUUCGAGCGGUCCGGAAGACUCAAAGCUCGAGAAGAGAGCGUGAUCCGGUGGGUUGAGCUGCUUGAUAAAUUCAAGAGCGUCCAGGAACGAUCUCGAAGGUCGCGCCGCAGGUCGCAGAGAGAUCUUGAAUUGGACAGGAACGGGAUAUCUGCUUCGGCUAUGGCUACCGCAUCCCUCCCACUAUAUGAGCCAAACCACACCGGCCUUGACAGGCAGUUAUCCGAGAUUCCCGCCGGUGGUCUCAUAGGCAGUGGGGGUGCCCGACGCCUAGGAGCUCAAGGAGCCGAUGCAAUCACAGCCCAAAAGGGAGGGCCGAUGACGAAGCCGAAAUCGUCGCUUGGGACGUUUGGUCGAUUAAGCGGUAUUGGGCAGAGGAAGUCGAAGAAAUGA